UGAAAAAAACAUAGAAACAUGGGUCUAAUUGAGAAAUAUUUCAAAAGAGUUCAUGUCAUUGUCAAUAUUAGCUAUUAGCAAUAUCGAUUGACACAAAAGAAAAACUAAUUAAAUUUGAAGUGUUAUUAUAAAUAAACGAGGCACCCUUAUGCCACAAGACACUAAAAAGGCCUAUCAUUUUUCUUCUACUAAAUUUGUGAUUCAAUUCAAGGCAAUGCAUCCAUUGAUAAUGGUUUCAUUAGCACUUUUGAUAGAAACAGUUGCAUCUGAUCAACCUAAACAAGUCCUACCAGGCUGCAAUUACACCUGUGGAGAUUUAACAAUUCCAUAUCCAUUUGGCAUAGGAAAUUCAACAGCACAACAUCAUACACCAUGUUACAUGGAUUCAAAAUUUGAACUCACCUGUGUAAACAACUCAAAAUUAAUUCGGCCUAGGGGUAUCGAAGUCCUGGACAUAAAUCCCCAAGGUCAAGUGGAAAUGAAAUUUUCAGUCUCACAUCUUUGUUCGAAUGGUAGUAGUAGUAGUAAUAAUACUGAAGAAGCAAAUAGAGCUUAUCUCAUAGUUUCUCCUCACACAAUUUCAAGUACGGAAAACAAAUUCAUAACCGUUGGUUGCGACAGUUACGGAUAUCUCAACAGUAAUUUCACAGGUGGCACUUAUUCAACAGGGUGCUUAACAAGAUGUUAUGAUUUUAAACCUAAAAUAGUAAUUGGGAAUAACACUGGAAAAUGCACAGGUUUAGGGUGUUGCCAAGUGGAUAUUCCUUCUAGUAUGAAAAAUAUCACAAUUGAAGCAUUUAAAUUCCCAACUUCUACCCUAUCUAAGGAAAAUUCUUGUAGCUAUUCCUUUAUUGCAAAACAAGGAUCCUAUAAAUUUUCUGUAGACCAUAUAAAUAAUCUACCUAAUGAAACUUUCCCCUUGGUUAUUAAUUGGGCUAUUACAAAUGAAUCAUGUCAAAUAGCUCACACUACAAAUAGCUACGCCUGCAAGAAAAAUAGUGAAUGUGUCGAUGACGAUCCAGAUUAUGAUGGUUACAGAUGCAAGUGUUUACAAGGUUUUGAAGGAAAUCCAUACCUUCCUGGAGGCUGCACAGACAUUGACGAAUGUGCAACAAAAACUCAUGUAUGCAAAAAUAAAGCAAAUUGUAAUAACACUUUGGGGAGUCACACUUGUUUUUGUCCCAAGGGGCAAACCGGAAAUGGAACAAAGGAAGGAGGGUGCCAGAAAGUUCAUCUAAAUGCAACUCGAAUAGUACUUCCUACUGUCCUUGGAGCAGGAGCAUUAUUUAUGAUUUUCUUCUUAAUAUACCAAAGAAGGAAAUUUAUCAAAUUGAAAGAGAAGUUCUUUAGGCAGAAUGGAGGUUCUAUUUUGGAACAAAAACUUCUUCAAAGAAAAGACUCGUCUCAAAUAGCUCACAUUUUCAAAGAAAAUGAACUAAGGAAAGCUACUAACAACUUUGAUGAGAGCUUAAUCAUAGGUAGAGGAGGUUUUGGUACAGUUUUCAAAGGGGAACUUGAUGAUAAUAGAAUUGUGGCUAUCAAAAAGUCCAAAACAAUAGACGAAAGCCAAAUUGAACAAUUCAUUAACGAGGUGGAUGUUGUCUCUCAAAUAAAUCACAGGAAUGUGGUCAAACUCUUGGGGUGUUGUCUAGAAACAGAAGUUCCUUUGUUGGUUUAUGAGUUUGUUAGCAAUGGUACUCUUUCUGAAUUUCUUCGCACACAAGGUAAGACGAACGAUCUUACUUGGAAAACUCGUCUUAGGAUAGCUGUUGAGGUAGCUGGAGCUCUGUCAUAUCUGCAUUCAGCUGCCUCAAUACCCAUUAUCCAUAGAGAUGUCAAGAGUGCUAACAUUCUCUUAGAUGGAACCAACACCGCUAAAGUGUCAGAUUUUGGAGCAUCAAGGUUGAUUCCACUUGAUCAAACUGAAGUAGCCACAAUGGUGCAAGGAACUAUUGGCUACUUGGAUCCAGAGUAUAUGCAAACAAGCCAAUUAACUGAGAAAAGUGAUGUAUAUAGCUUUGGAGUAGUUCUUGUGGAGCUGCUAACGGGGGAGAAACCUUUUUGUUUUGGUAGGCCGGAAGAGAGAAGAAGUCUUGCUACGCACUUUUUAUCUUGCUUGAAAAAGGAUAAUGUGUUUGAAGUUAUUCAAGAUGGUUUGUGGAAUGAAGAAAACAAACAAGUGAUCAUGGAGGUGGCUGUUCUUGCGGCGAACUGUUUGAGACUUAUAGGGGAGGAAAGACCAAGCAUGAAGGAAGUGGCUAUGGAAUUGGAGGGAAUGAGGUUAAUGGAUAAGCACUCUUGGAUCAAUGCAGACCUUAAUGUAGAGGAGAGUCCACUACUUGCUUCAUGAAUCAUCAUCUAGCAUUUAUGAAUUUGGUGAUGAUAGAAAAGAAUAUUUGUCGAAAUUAGUUAUAAUGAUUUUCCUGCAAUUAUGUUGUAUCCUAUGAAUCACGGUCACUCCUCAGAUUAGGCGUGUCCCGGUGUCGGACAUGUGUCGUGUCGGACACCGACACUUGUAAUUACACUGAAUUAUGUGAUUUUUUAAAAUAAUUAUUUG